AUGUCAGUGGGCCUGCAACGGCGAGUGCCGGCGCUCGACGAGGGCGGGGCCGGAGUGCCGCCCGCUUGGAAGACGGGCACCGCGGAGCCCCCCUUCCCGUCGUUCGCGCCGCCCGCCGGCUCACCCGCAGGCCCGGCAUUCGCAGCAUCACCAGCGCCCUCCACGCCAGGCCCAGGGCCGGGCUUCGGGGGGCCCCCGUAUGCAGCGCCAGGCCCAUUCGGGUCCCCCUCGGCGCGGCCGGGCUCCGGCGGCGGCUUCCCCGCGGGCCCUCCGCCCUCGCAGGGCCACUUCCCUGGAGGCUUCGCCCCGCCAGGCUCCCCCUUUCACCCGCACGGUCCACACGGCCCCCCCAUGCCGCCGCAUCCGCAUAUGAUGGCACCUUUACCCCCCUCCAGUCGACAGCCGAACUAG